UCGGUGCAGUGAAUCGAGCCCCCGGUCGGUUGUCAACAGACGGUCAGUGAGCAUGUGCAGCGGCCGUGUGGCUGCGUGGUUUACGGCACAAAUCAAACCCUGCCGUUAGUCUCUUUAACCUACCGAGAGUCUGCCCGACGGUGUGCAGUCAGACCGAGAACCGGACGGACGAACAAUGGCUCACCUCACGGAAAACCCCGCCGACAAAGAGAGGUUCAUCUGCAUCUAUCCGAUCUACAUCAACAGUAAGAAGACUCUGGCUGAAGGACGAAGGAUUCCCACAGAGAAGGCUGUGGAGAAUCCGUCCUGCGCUGAGAUCAGAGACGUCCUGACGGCUGCUGGACUCAACGUCUACGUGGAGAACAAAAUGCACCCCAGGGAGUGGAACAGGGACGUCCAGUUCAGAGGUCGUGUCAGAGUUCAGGUGAAGCAGACCGACGGCAGCUUCUGUCAGGACAAGUUCACCUCCCGUAAAGACGUGAUGUUUUACGUAGCGGAGAUGAUCCCUAAACUGAAGACUCGGACCCAGAAGGUCGGAGGAGGAGACCCCAGCUCUCAGCAGGGAGAGGGAGGAAAGAAGAGCAAGAAAAAGAAGAAGUAGACACAGAAAUGACCUGUUUUUUUUAUUUCCUUUUAAAUUAAUUUUAAAUUUGAGGUCAUUGUUGAUGGUUUAGAGUGUCGGGGAGAAUCGAACCCUGAACUUUUUGUUUCUACGGUCUUUCUGUUGUCAUUGUGACCUCAGACACUCGCUCAGCUUCCACACUGAGAAAUAUUCUUUUCACACCGAACAUUUGUGAGCCGUGAAACCUCGUCUAGUUUCAGAAACACAGGCAGGAGCAGAGAGGAACUCAUUCCUGUGUUAUAUGUGGAAGGAGAAGAGCUGUCGUCCUUCAUUCUGUUCACCUCGUCUCUUUCAAUAAAGACUUCAUUUUCUCA